CUCUGCAACUGCAGAGAUACGUCAGCCCGCUCAACCUCCAAGAGAAGCGGCGAUACCAACCGCUCGAGAUGAAGCUAACUCAGGUGCUGCUGCUGCUGGCGCUGAGCGCGGCUGCCGUCGCCGCCAACCCCUGCGGCUGUCAGCCGACGUCCGACUGCGGCCGUCCGUUCCUGCGCCAGUCGGGCCGCGUCGUCAGGUGCCGCCUGAGUAGCGGCCGGCUUGGCGUCUGCUGCAGGGACCGGGCCGCGCCGCCCUCCACCACGUCCAGCCCCGGCUUCCGCAACCAAGCUGCCGCCGCGCCGGCGCCGGCGCUGUUCCAGACGCCCAACGACCUGCUGGCCCUGCAGGGUCGCGCCAACCUGGGCCCUCGCAUCGGCGGCCGUGACGUGCAGGCGGAGGGCCGGCAGACGCUGCUCGGUCUGCAGGCGCUGGCCGCUCGCCGGGCGCCAGCCGCCCCCGUCCCGUCGCUGGCAGGCCGCCGCGGAGGCUUCUUGUUCAGCUGAGCCGAUGCACAGGCGUCUGGUGACGUCUCCGGGUGACAGGAGCUGGGUCACGACUGAUUAAUGCGGCUGUCAUCCGGUGAUGGGGGAAGGAACAACGAAGAAGUCGCCGUCGCCGUGGCGAACAACUUAUGUUGUCGCUAGGCAGUGGUGCAUGGUAACUGAUACCAAAGAACUAAACCAUCGCAGCAUGAUGUAUGUAUAUGCUUUCCUGAGCGUGUUGUUACUUGUAGCAUGUUAUGCUAUGGCCGUACUCGAUGUCAUCGAUGCACCACAUCUACCUCCCGAACGAGGGGAACAAUAUACUUGUUGAUUCGCGUCAUACGUUUAUUACACCAGAAAACGGAAAACAACAGAGGUUUCAGAACCACCAAAUCUUCGGAUGCCAUAGGAUUCAAAUCCUAACAACACGGGUCGAUAUUCCUCAGUUGUUCUGAGCUCUCUAUUAACCAGUCGCCAAAGAUGAAUUAGUGAGCCAAAAUGAAUAUUUCUACCAGAUUAAA